UCUAUCGUUAGCAACACGAACAACGGGCAAAUACUUCUUUUUCUCAAUUGACUGCGUGCGCAAUAAUGGUGGUGUGUUCUGGGGUGUAGAAUAUACUUAUUGCACUUGAAAUCGGCACUGUAGGGACCUUUUUAAGUGACACUUAAUCCUGUCGUAUAGUUUUUCUUAAAUACUUAGUGUAGCUUUCAUAUCUUUUUUAAAUAUCAUACAAAGCUAUAACACGUCUGCUGUGGGUAAUCAGUUCGGUAUUUCACUUAGCUACUAUAUUUUCGUACAUCGCUCAGUACAAUGCUAUGUGUUCAAUGGUGGACUUCUAGUGAUAAAUAAAAUAACCUGGAGACAUCGUUGAUCUGCUAAAAUCCAGCUUUGGAUGCAGGGGUUGCGUGGGAGAGUCUCGCGGGAACCCCGCGCCGCCUAGCCGCCCGUACAUACGGCGGCGUGGCUGCGCCGGAUUAGCUUAUACAGUAGCGCGCACCGUGGAGUCGUACAAGGACCUACUGUUGCGGAGGGUGCGGUGGCAACAUGGACGCCAGCAAGUUGGAGGAUUCCAGGUUGGACGAGCUCAUCAACAGACAGCGGCAGGCUACGAGGGUUUUCAAGAAGAGCUCUCCAAAUGGCAAGAUAACAGUGUAUUUAGGUAAAAGAGACUUCGUAGACCACAUCACACAUGUAGAUCCUAUCGACGGGGUGGUCCUGAUCGACCCCGAGUACGUGAAAGACCGCAAGGUGUUCGGCCACGUGCUCGCCGCGUUCCGUUACGGUCGCGAGGACCUCGACGUGCUGGGGCUCACCUUCCGCAAGGAUCUGUACCUGGCCGCCGAACAGAUCUACCCGGUGGUGGGUGGUGGAGGCGCGGCACGACGGCCGCUGACGCGGCUGCAGGAGCGGCUGGUGCGCAAGCUGGGCCCGGCCGCGCACCCGUUCUACUUCGAGCUGCCGCCGCACUGCCCCGCCUCGGUCACGCUGCAGCCGGCGCCCGGCGACACCGGCAAGCCGUGCGGCGUCGACUACGAGCUCAAGGCGUUCGUCGCCGACUCACAGGACGAUAAGCCGCACAAGAGAAAUUCGGUACGAUUAGCCAUCAGGAAGAUAAUGUACGCGCCGAGCAAGCAAGGCGAACAGCCGUCCGUUGAAGUCUCCAAGGAGUUCAUGAUGAGUCCCAACAAGUUAUACUUAGAAGCAUCCCUUGAUAAGGAGCUGUACCACCACGGCGAGAACAUAGCUGUGAAUGUGCACAUCGCAAACAACUCGAACCGGUCGGUGAAGCGGAUCAAGGUGUCGGUGCGGCAAUUCGCCGACAUAUGCCUGUUCUCCACCGCGCAGUACAAGUGCACCGUCGCGGAGGCCGAGAGCGAAGAAGGGUGUCCCGUGGGCCCCGGGUUCACGCUGAGCAAGGUGUUCACGCUGACGCCGCUGCUCGCCAACAACAAGGACAAGUGGGGGCUCGCGCUCGACGGCCAGCUCAAACACGAGGACACCAACCUCGCUUCCAGCACGCUAAUUGCAGAUGCAACGCAGCGUGAAAACCUAGGUAUCAUAGUACAAUACAAAGUCAAGGUGAAACUGUGUCUCGGACCUCUUGGCGGGGACCUGAGCGCGGAGCUGCCGUUCAUCCUGAUGCACCCGAAGCCGGAGGAGGAGCCGGCGCGGCCGCUGCCCGAGCCGCCGCGCGUCGACCACGACCUCAUACAGCUCGACCCGCAUCCGGACGAGAAUGGGCAAGAGCAAGACGACGAUAUAAUAUUCGAGGACUUCGCGCGGCUGCGGCUCAAAGGCGGCGAGACUGACGCCUGAGCGAUUCUGCCCCCGCUGACCCCACCGCCCCCGCCGUCGCUCACUGCCCCUGUUGACCUGCCCCCGCCGGCCCUCGACUGCCCCUGUCGACCACCACCAAUUUCUGACACGGGGAUAUAUACGCGACGCGUCUCUUUACGCUAUAUAAUGGUAGAAUUUGUGAAAUAUGAAAUUUUAUACGGGUUAAAAAUCGCAAGACCUUAAUGUGUGUACGUACGUACGUGUGGAUACGAAUUAUUAUAGUUCAGUGGUAUAUCAGUACUGUUAGGUUGGAUCGAGCACACGAGACAUCCCGGAGAACUAUUAUCACAGUAAACGCCGAUAAAAGGCGAGUGGAUCGUUGUUUUGUGAUAAAAUAUGUCUUCUAUUAUGCUGAUUUAUACAUAUUAACAAUAGACCGAGUGAUGGACUUCAAAGUGUCUUCGAUGUUUUUGAAUAUAGAAUCUUGGUUGUUGAACAAAUAGAUUAAAUUCUAGUACUGUCACCAAACACCACAGUAUAAUUUCAGUAAAAAAGUCUUCAUAUUUAUCGUUUUUUGUUACUGCAUAGAUACUUUCGUAAUUAGAGAUUGGUACUGCGAUGAAUGGAACAUAGGAAGGUCUUAUAGCUCGAUGUGUGAUAGUGAACAAACUUUAACCAAUAAGACAUUCUGUCCAAUGAAUGAACGAUUCUUGUACAUUAUAUAUAUUGGAGGAUUUGACUAUUCACAAUAUUGUUAUGCUUCGUUCACAUUUAACGGAAAUGUCCGGUCCGCAAUAGACCUUAUAUAUAGUUAUAAAAAAAUUUAUAAAAUUAUUACAAUUUUAGAGUCCGACCGAACGGACAGUUCCGUUAAUCAUGAGAAGCACUAACAGAAAUAUAAUACAGAAUUUUAUAUUAUAUUCAAUGUGUAUUGUACUUCAAAAUUUAUUUUAAUAGUAAUGUAUUAAUCAAAUUGUUCAAGUACAAUAUUAUUUCUGUCAAUUUAGUUUUGUAGAUAUCACAUUUCCAAUAUUGAGUAUCGUUUCCUAUAAAUAGAUAGUACAAUAUGGCCGAAAGCAUGCAUUUAGUAAAUUAAUGGUGUCUUUUUUCUUUUGUAAUUCUGUAAUAUUAAUAAUGACGGUAGCGGUGUACGUAUGUAAUUCAAUAUUGUUGAUGUUGGAAAAUAUUAUUCACUACACUAGCAUUGGUUUAACUUGACGAACUGUUCCCGUACCGUAAAUGAGGUAUUAUAUAAAAUAUAUGAUGGAAUGGGGUAAUUAGUUCGAAACCCACCUAUUUAUGAAAUUGAACUAUUUCCCCCAAAGAAUAUAGUCGAAAUCCGUUUACAAAAUUAGCUUGACGAAGUGCAGCAAUGUCUCAAUUAAGUGCUCAUUUUUUUUAAAUAAUUUAAUAAUUAUUAAUGUUUCUAUUUGAUUAUUUAAAAUGAUAGUGAACUAAAACGUUAAUCAUUCAAUAAUAUACUUACUAAAUGGUCACUGAAAAUUGGAAUUUUGAUGACAAAAGGAUAUUUGAAAAAUUCCAAAGCAGAAGACGAAGUAGUUGCAAAAUUUUUAGUGUUUUAUUAUUAUUUAUAAGCAAUAUAUUCUGUAAAUAACGUUUUAGCACUUUUUAAAUAAUCAAUCAGAAACAAUAAAGAAUGUUAAAUUAUUUUUUUAAAUUUAUAAAUAAUUGUGACGUAACUACAUUUUAUUAAAAUUAUUAAGCGCGUUCACUUUUUAUAUUUUUAUAAAUGUGAAAGUGAAUUCGUUUAUGAAUUGUAUUUGAUGCUGUAACGUUUUCGACUAAUCACCACAAUAUAUUUUGUAUAAAUCUACGUAGUUUGAGGAUGGAGAGCAUAUAAUUCCUUUUAUACAGUCGGUCCAAUAUGCUCUGUAUAUAUUUGUCAACGUUUGUCAAAUUAUUGUACCAUGUUAGUGUAGUAACUGUACCAUUAUUAUAUUAGUGGCGGUAGGCUCGCGGUCGUUCACACACGGGGUCUAGAAUAUUCUCCGCCUGUGGCCUUCGAAACUGAAUUUAAAACAAUUCUCUAGAUGAAUUAUAAUAUCGUGAAACAUUAUAAAAUUUUAUUAUAUGUUGACAGUGUGCCGCCCCGCGCGUCGGAACUAUCUCGUAAUGAUUUAUUCAUCGUAUUCUAUAUCUUUACAAAAUUAAAUACUAAUUUACUAAUGAGUUCGGCCAAUGCGUGGAAGCGAUGUUGUCUGGUCUUAGUUUAAUACCGCAAGUUAAUUAACUACUCUGUGUAUAUGCUUAUUACACAUAUCUUCAUUAGAUUAUCAUAAGUUACUUAGUUUAAAAAAUUUGCCAGAGAAAUUCUAUUUUCUAUACUUCUUAUGGUGAAUGGGCACCUAAACGCGCGGCACGCACCGCAAACUCAAUAAAAUUAAUUACUAAUUAAAUAUGUGAACAAGACCAACAGUAAAUUUGAUAACUAAGUCUUGUUUAGGUUUUACAUUCAGUUCUAGCCACAAUUUUAUCGAAUCUUAAACGGCUCUUAAAUAUGUAAUGAUUAACUCGUUACAUAUUAAAAAAAAAACGAUAGAUAAAAAUGCAAGUUUUUUUUUCAUAUCAUUUAAGCGUUUAUAAACACAUCUUUUUGUUCUGUCUGUGCCUAUGACAAUACUGAGUAGGUAGUCUUUGAUACUGUCACUUUCUAGGGAUAAUAUUCAAUAUACAUCAUCACAAUCUGAUCCUGUUUUUGCCAAGAUCAGUAGUGUGAGUAACAGCUUUCACACAGUACACACAUUCCUCCAGAAAUGAUGACUUGUUUCAUACUACAUACACAAGUAUCAUAUUAAUCUUACAUUAAUUUUUAAUUGUAUAUUUUAUAAAAUUUGGGGUUUGUUCAUACUAGCCUUGUAAUUUAUACAUUAAAGAUGCCAGGUCUAGAAAUGCUACUAUGAAACAACCCUUAAAAACAAUUCAACAUCACAAUUUGUAAGGCGGUUGUAAAUGUGAUGUUUAUAUAAAUAUGUUGAGUAUAUUAAGCCUUUAAUACUAUCGAUUUGUUAUGUGUUUUAUUGAGUCCGUCGUCGUGCUGGCUGCCACACUCGGCAGCUAAGGGCCAGUACACAUGUCUUAUGAUAACUACUCUGUGACAAUGUACAUUUGUUUUGUUGUACAGUAAAUACAUAGGUGUGUAAAUUAUGUGGCAUGUUUACUUGUAUAUUAAGCUUUAUAAUGCACAAAAGUAUUUUAAUUUUAACACCUCGGUGUAAGCAACGAGCCAUAGACAAUUAUCACGUUUUUAGGCAGUAUAGACUGAAACAGGAAUGUGCACAACUCAUUUAGUACUUUGUGAUAAUAUUAUUAAAGAUAAUCUGUACAUAUACAAAUACUUAUGAACUGUUAACAUUCAUGGUAAUUAUUAUAUUGUUGUUGGUGUAUUCCAUAUUUGCUCAUGAAUUUGGAAAUUAAAUAGAUAUAAUUAUCAAUACCGGCGAAUAGCUUGAUCAUAAUUUUAAUUAUGCCGUAACAGUUUUACAUACAAAAGCGUCUGCUGUGCAAACUUCAUUGUUUAUGGUUUUUUUUUUUUUUUUCAAGUUGUUUGCUGCAAACUGUACCAAGUUUUAUAUGUAAUACUUAAUACCUAUAUAUUUUUAUGUGAGCUUGUUAUUUGUACCGAGGUAAUUUUAAUGCAUAUAUACUAAUUUUACAAUGCAUUAUCCUAAAUAUUUGUUUUUGUUUCUAUGAAGUUGUAUUAUUUAUGUAUUGUAAGGUAAGUAUUAAAUGGAAAUAAACAAUUUGUAAUAAUGCAAUUAAGAACAAAAUAAAAGACGAAACUGAAUUUACAGCCAAUAGGUAUAUUUAUUAUGGCCUAUUUUGGCGAUGAUCUAAGUACAAUUAGCCAAUUUAAUAUAUAAUAUAGUUUUCAGAGGCUACCUUGUUUUAUUCCUGUUUUUAUUUUACAUGCACACUUUAUUAAUAAACGUUUUGGAUACCACUUGGCUGUAAACCAACCCUCUUAUUUAGUAUUUAUUCUUUAUCUAAACAUGUGAUGAACUAAGUAUUGUAGCCGCAUUAAGAGAAAUGUUUUUGCAGCCACUCAAGUUUUACGAGAUCUUACGCAGAAAGUUAAAAAAAAUAAAAAAGAAAAUUCGCACAUACUUUUAUUUAAUUUUACAUCGAAAUCUUUUUGAUGUAUACUUUUUCAAUAAAUAUGUAAUCAAAAUUGAA